AAUAAUUUAACUUCACAUAAGUAAAAAGCAACGGACGCUUAAACGCAUGAAUCAUUUGUGCCACGAUUUAAUAGUGUUAAAGUUGAAACAGUAUAAAAUAAAAGACUUGAGUGGUAAAUAUAUUAAUGAAUUGAAUAAAAAAUAAACCAAAGUAAAUCAAAAAUCAUAGCAAAGUGAACAAUAUUAAACUUGGGAAUGUGUCCAGAACAUGUUAUGUGAUAAAUGACAAUUCCAAACAAACUAAUGUGAUGGAAAGUUGUGCAUGUACUGUAAUUAUGUGAAAAAGUGGCAGUGAUGUGGCUUCCGGCGCUUCUGUGUAUGCUGUGUCAACUAGGCUUGUCGGCUGGCGGCAGCGACACCACGGAUCCUGACGCCAUCUUCGCGGUGAAUAACGUCACUGCCGCCACGGACACAAUGGUGCAGCCACACUUUGAUAACACCACAAAGCGGGAGUACACCGCGGCCGUUGGACAGCCAGCGUACUUGCACUGCCGCGUCAAAAACUUGUCUGACAGAUCGGUAUCCUGGAUUCGCAAACGUGACCUCCACAUACUGACAGUGGGUGUUCACACGUAUAGCAGCGACGCGCGGUUCGCGGCACUUCACACUGACGGCUCGGACGAAUGGACUCUGCGGGUGGCACACGCUCAACCACGCGACUCCGGUGGCUAUGAAUGCCAAGUGUCCACUGAGCCUAAGAUCAGUUUAUCGUUCUGGCUUACAGUUGUUGUUUCCAAAGCGGAAAUUCUUUCGGGCCCGGAGUUGUUUGUGCGCGCCGGGUCAGAUAUUAAUCUUACUUGCAUAGCCAGGCAUGCGCCAGAUCCCCCGAGUAUUACUAUGUCCAGUUUCAUCUACUGGUACCGGGGCGCGAACGUGGUGAACUACGCGCAAAGAGGUGGCAUAAGCGUGGAGACGGAGCAGAGGACGCGUACCAGCAGACUGCUGAUAGCACGAGCAUCGCCCAGGGACUCUGGGAACUAUACGUGUGCGCCCAGUAGUUCUGAUUCCGCGUCGGUCGUCGUACACGUCGUCAGCGGUGAGCGUCCUGCAGCCAUGCAAAGUCACGCCAUACAAACUACGUCUAACUACUUACUAGUAUUACUUAUCAUUGUCAACCUUAGAAAAGAAUUCAUGAACAUCAUUAUUUAUUCAAUAAUCACACUGUACUCAAAUUUUCAAACUAAACUAAAAGGUUUGUGUUCUUCGCCGCUCAUAUCCAGAUGACCUGAACAAGUAGUGGUAAUUGUAAAGGCAUAAAAUGCUGUGUGGUGUAAACGGUAACAAACUGGGGUAUGAAGAAACGAAUUACUAUAAUUAUUAUGUACUUGCCGUCUGAUUAAAUUAGAUAGUAAUGUCACGAUAUUUUAUUGUUUUAUUUUAAUUUCUCCACAUUUCGCGUAGAUUGACACCUUUCUAAAGGUCCAAAGGUCAACGCAGAUCGAGUGGCAAACUCGACAGAUGGUAAUGAUAAAUCAUCUAAGAUGUUAAUACAGAGAUGAGAUAAGGAACGUAAACAAAACUCAACUUUAAUUGUGUUUAAAAAGAGAUUUGAGGAGGUUUGUAUGUUAAAAAAAAGUAAAUGGAAAUAGCGUUGCACCUAUAGCUACUUGAAUUCAAGGUAAAUAUAGGUCAAACUUAUUAAACAUAAAUUAAAACCCGUAAAACUGAAUCUCGAAUUAUGAUUAAAUUUAGAAUGCCGACUAUGAGAUAACUCACUUCCCAUUACAUCUUCUUUACAACGGAGCUAUCAACUUGAAUUAUAAAUAACA